AUGACUAGGGCUAAUUACCAGAUUGCAUGGGAUGCGGUGAUGAAGCGGUAUAAUGACAGUAAAAUGUUGAAACGUAGGCAGGUGCAGGCACUUUUCGAUUUACCCAAUGUUGCAAAGGAAUCGGUGGUGGAAUUGCAGUCUUUACUAGAGGCUUUUGAACGUAUCCUCCAAACACUUGAUCAAUUGAUUCAGCCAGCUGAUUAUAAAGAUUUGUUGUUGCUGAAUUUGAUGUGCUCGCGAUUGGAUUCAACAACCCGCAGAAGCUGGGAGGAGUAUUCUGCAUCAAAGGAGCAGGAUACGGUGCAGGAUUUGAUAAAUUUCCUCCAGAAGAGGGUUAGGGUGCUCGGUUCAUUGCCUACCAAAGUCGUGGGGAUUAAACUGGAAUAUGCUUCUUCGUCCAAACCAAAAUCGUCGUUUACAAAAAGGAACCAUAGUGCCUCGCAAUGCUCCAGUGGACAAUGCGUGGCUUGUCCAGGGAGUCACUUGUUGUACCAAUGCCCGAAAUUUCAAUCCAUGUCAGUGUCAUCAAGAGAUAAACUGCUUCGAACCCUAUCUUUGUGCCGGAAUUGCUUCCGACGUGGUCAUCAGGCAGUUGAGUGUAAUUCACGAUACGUGUGCAGAAAUUGCAAGGGAAAACAUCACACGUUAGUCUGUUUUCGCCCCGAAAGUUCCCAAAAACCCCCACGUAAGCCGGAGAAAAGAGCCUCUCAGCAUGAUGACAGCCAGGGACUGCAUUCAAAUGAGGAAACUAAUACAUCAAGCACGUCGAACACAACUGCAGUUACGUCGAAUAUCGCAUCCAGGUGCACAUCUUCAGUUUUACUUGCUACGGCGGUAGUUUUAGUUGAAGACGAACAUGGAGUUUCGUAUCCUGCGAGAGCGCUCUUGGACUCAGGAUCGGAAUGCAAUUUUAUGACGGAAAGGUUUGCGCAAUUGUUGAGGACCAAGCGAAAUCGGGCAGAGGUUGCAGUAUCAGGUGUCGGGCAGGUGAACAUGAGGGUGAAACAUACUUUGAACGCAGUGAUCCGAUCCAGAGUAGGCGAAUAUUCGUGUAAAAUGGAGUUCCUGCUGCUUCCCAGAGUCACGGGGAAUCUACCGUCAACGAAUAUUAAUACCAUCAAAUGGAAAAUUCCACAGGGUGUGAAUUUGGCAGAUCCGGCAUUCGAUACUUCCACCUCCGUAGAUUUAAUCCUGGGCAUCCAACACUUCUUCGCGUUCUUCAUACCUGGUAGAGAAGUACAGUUAGGAGAAGGACUACCCAAGUUAUCCGAAUCGGUGUUUGGAUGGGUGGUGACCGGUACCGUGGUCUCGGCUGGUGUCUCCUCGUAUCGUUGCAAUGUUGCUUCUACUGUUAAAUUGGAGGAACUGUUGGAAAGAUUUUGGUCGUGUGAAGAAGUUGACACCGCAAACAAUUAUUCUCCCGAAGAGUCACGUUGUGAAGAACAGUUUGUACGUUCCGUUAAAAGAGGUUCUGAUGGAAGAUACAAGGUCUCUCUUCCGAAAAAUGAGGAUGCUUUUGCAAAAAUAGGCGAGUCAAGGGACAUCGCCCUACGGCGUUUCCAAGGAUUGGAGCGCAGACUUUCAAAUGACUCAGAUCUGCGCAACCAAUACAUCCAAUUUAUGGAGGAAUAUCUGCACCUAGGGCACAUGCGCAAGGUGGACGCUUGCAAGGAAAUUUCAAUUAAAAGAUGCUUCCUCCCACAUCAUCCGGUGAUAAAGCAAACAAGUUCAACUACAAAACUUAGGGUGGUAUUCGAUGCGUCCUGUAAAACUUCCAGUGGAAUAGCUCUGAACGACGCACUUUUGACAGGACCGGUGAUACAGGAAGAUCUUCGGUCAAUUAUUCUGCGCUGUCGUACGAAGCAGAUAAUGUUGGUGGCUGACGUCGAAAAGAUGUUCCGUCAGAUCAUUAUGGACGAAAAUGAUAUGUCGUUUCAGAGUAUUCUGUGGCGAACCAAUACUGAGGAAGAGAUUGGAACGUACGAACUGUCCACUGUUACAUAUGGAACGAAACCGGCUCCAUUCUUGGAAACACGUACGCUCAAAUAG